AAAGUGAAAGCGGCCCGGGCCGAAACGGAUCGCGCCGCGUCGUCGCUCCGGAGCUCCCGGUCCUCGCCUGCCCGUCCGCCGCGCUCGGUAUGGCCGCCUCCGCCUCCUUCGCCUUCGGCCCCGGCGAGCGGAGCCCCCUCCUCCUCCUCCUCCUCCUCCUCGGUGCCUCCCUGGCCGCCUCCGCCUCCCCCCCGCCGGCCAAGCUGGGCUGCUGGUUCGUGGAGGAGGCGGCCGUCGGGGCCGUCGGGGGCGGCGGGCUGAUGCCCGGCGAGGUGACCCCGCGUCCCGCUCUGCUCGUCCUGCCGCCGCCCGGGCAGCGCCUGCCCGAAGCCACCCUGGAGCGCGACCUGCCCGCCGAGGUGGAGCCCGGACUGGCCUUCCAGCUGCUGGACCCCUCCGGGAGCCUCUGGAGCGGCCGGGAGCCCGACGCCCGUCCCCGCUGGGGCCGCUCCAGCGCUCGGGCCGGCGAGGGCCCAGCGUGCGAGGUGAACCCCUACCGCCCGCGGGAGGCGCACGUGCCCUGGGCCGCGGGGCUGGCGGAGGCGGCGGGGCCGGAGGGCGGCGGAGGCUGCUGCCCGCGCUCGCUGGACGGCCGCUGGGUCGUCGCCUCCAUCCAGAGCCCCGAGGCGGCCUUCGGGGUCAGCAGCAUCCUGCACCAGGAGGGGCCGUUGCCCGGGAAACGGCCGGAAGUGCCCAGGGUCGCCACGGCAACCGCCCGGACGCCGCGGGUGGCGUCCCUGCUGGGGAAGGACGCGCUGCUGGACUGCGGCUUCUCAGCUCCGGCCACGGCCUUCUCGGUUGAGUGGCGUUACCAGCACGGCGGAGCCGGGCGAGUGAUCCUGGCCUACGACGGAGCUGCCCAGCGCAUGGCGGUCGCGGAGGAGGGGGCCCAGCUCUUCCUGGAGCCCGGCAGCAGCAACGUCUCGCUGCAGUUGAAGGGCGCUCAGGUGCGCCACGAGGGGACCUACAUCUGCUCCGUCUACCUGCCCCACCUGCAGGCCCAGCAGGCCAUGGAGCUGAAGAUCGUGCGGCCGCCCAAGGUCACCCUCCGCCCGGUGCCCUUCCCGGUGCCCCUCAACACCCCCACGGACCUGGCCUGCGAGAUCCGCGGCCAUUACCCGCCGAGCGUCUCCGUGGUCUGGACGUGGCACAGCCCUGGAGCCACCCCCGAGGUCCUCCUGGAGACGUGGGAAUCGGGGAACCGGCAGGCGCCGGACGGCACCUUCAGCUUCACCAGCUUCGCCCGCCUGCCCGCGCUCCAGUCCGGGGAUCCGGGGGGCUCCUACAGCUGCCACGUGAGUCACGUGGGGCUGGGCCCGGCGGGGCUCCGGAGGACCCUGAAGCUGAAGGUGGCAGGCUCCGCCGCCCCCUCCGUGGAGGACCUGGUCGGCCUCUUCCUGGUCUCCUUUGGGCUCCUGGGCUUCCUGCAGCUGCUUUCCCAGCGAGCAGUCUUUGGAGAGAAGAAGGAGGCGAGGACGCCGGAGCCGAGCGCCCAGGGUGCCCCGCCCGGCCCCUCCUCCCAGGCGGCUGCCCCUCCCCCCGAGAAGGGCCAGGGGGCCAGCAAGCGGCAGCUCUCCGGCCUCAGGUCCACUCCGAAGUGAAGGGCCUCCCGGGGGCCAGCGCCCCCCUCUGGGUGCCGAAGGAGGGGCGGCAGACCCCCCCCUUCCCUCCCCCCACUGUGAAUCUUAGCUGGCAAUUUGGGGAGGGGUGGUGCUGAACGCGCUUAGGGUGUCCGCCUGUCCUUCCCACGUGCAGGAAGUGGGGAUCCCUGCUCCCCUUCCGGCCAGGCCUCCCUACCUGUCCCCGGGGGCCCUCGGACGGAUGGGCCCCUCCCCCGCUUCCCCCCCCCCGGCAGCUUUCAGAGUGAAGCCCUGGGCAGGCCCCGCCCACAUCCUGCCUCAAGGGGGGGCCAGGGGGGCUCUCAGCAGCCAGGCUGGCCUCCUCUGGGGCCCCCAGUUGUGGCUGUUGCCCCCUUCCCCCUCGCCCCCGCAGAGUGAGCUGUUUUGCUAUCCGAGUCCUGUGCUGAGGCGGCCCCCGUAUUUGGGGAGGGGGUUCUGCCUGGCCUCCCCCUCCCACACAACCGCAGAAGGGGAACGAAGCCCUUGGCCGUGCUGGGAGGAGCCGAUCGGGCCCCGGAAGGUCUGGUCAGGCCAGCCACUGAGGCCUGGCCCUCCCCCCCAGACCACCGUCCUCCCCCUUCCGGAGGCAGUGGGGCUGGGGGCUGUUGCUGCCCCCCCGUACCCCUCUAUCCCCCCCACCCAACCCCGGCCUGUCGGGGUU